GCUGCCGGCCGCCGGCCGUUCUGCUUUUCUCCUGUCUGUGCCCACUGUUGCUUUUAUCGAUCGAUCGAUAGAGCUCGUCAUCGAUCGAACCAGAACGGAAAUGGAGAAAGGAGUGAAGAGAUGGAUAGUCGACAUAUCCGAGUGGAACCCAUCUCCCAAUGACUUCUCUCUCGCGCUCGCUGCCCUUCCUCAACUUGAACAUUCCUGCAUCACCAGAUUUGUGAGGGAGGAAGAUAGGAAGAGAGCCCUAGUAAGCCGACUGCUACAGUACGCCCUUGUCCGUGAAGUUGCGCAAAUACCUUAUGAUGAAAUUGUCAUCAAACGCACAUUGGAAGGAAAGCCUUAUCUGGAAUGUGAUAAUGGAGCUCAACCUGAACUCCCCAAUUUCAACUUCAAUGUGUCCCAUCACGGUGACUAUGUCGCCAUAGCAUCCGAGCCUCUGUGCCUUGUCGGGAUUGACAUUGUUUCUUGUGACCUACCAAUCAAUGAGACGGUUCAAAGCUUCAUUCAAGCCUUCGAGUCGUACUUCUCGAGAUUCGAAUGGGAGAAUAUAAACAAAGUAGGAAGCCCAGAUGACACAUUGGCCGAAUUUUACAGAUAUUGGAGCUUGAAGGAAGCUUACGUGAAAGCCAUAGGCAGCGGAUUGUCAAACGGGAUAGAUAGAGUAGAGUUUCGGCAUAAUAAUUGGAUGAACAUAAGUGUCUUCAUUGAUGGGAAGCGGUGUAAAGAAUGGAGCUUUUGGCUGCAUGAGCUUCCAAAGAGACACUGGCUGUCAAUUGCCAGAGGCCAUCCUAAGGCUGCUUGGGGAAGUUACAAGGCAACACUGAAACGGACGGAGUUUAGCCAAGAGGUGUAUGAGAACGGUCUUCGGCUUCCAAAUGCAGGAGUCGACACGAGAACUGUAGAUCAACUCGUACAAACUUUAGCUCGUGCUAAAUAAGCUGGUGCUGGUCCCAGGAGUUUAACGGAAAUGGAUAGAUGUUUCUACUGACCCAUUCAACAACUGCGUUUUUGCAGCAUGGAUAGAAAUUGUUGCAUCAUCACUUCUAGGGGGAGAAGAAAUAGUUUGGAACUGGAUUUUGUUGAUAACUGAGAACAACUUUUUUAGUUUGAUUUAGCAACUAAUCUGCUUUAUGUUUAAGGUUUCAAAUUCGUUGUGCAAAUG